CGGAGCGGCGGCUGGAGAGGGAAACAUGGGGACGGUGCACGCUCGGAGCCUGGAGCCUCUCCCUGUGGGUGGACCUGAUUUUGGAGCUUUAGGAGAAGAAGCUGAAUUUGUUGAAGUUGAACCUGAAGCUAAACAGGAGAUUCUUGAAAACAAAGAUGUGGUGGUUCAGCACAUUCAUUUUGAUGGAUUAGGGAGAACAAAAGAUGAUAUCAUCAUGUAUGAAAUCGGAGAGGUUUUCAAGGCGAAAAACCUUAUAGACGUCAUGCGGAAGUCUCAUGAGGCUCGUGAGAAACUGCUACGUCUAGGAAUUUUUAGACAAGUGGACGUUUUGAUCGAUACGUGUCAAGGUGACGAUGCACUUCCAAAUGGUUUAGACGUUACGUUUGAGGUGACUGAAUUGAGGAGAUUGACAGGCAGCUACAACACCAUGGUUGGGAACAACGAAGGCAGUAUGGUACUUGGCCUCAAGCUCCCCAAUCUUCUAGGCCGUGCGGAAAAGGUGACUUUUCAGUUUUCCUACGGCACAAAAGAAACAUCCUACGGCCUGUCCUUCUUCAAGCCCCAGCCUGGAAACUUUGAGAGAAACUUCUCUGUGAACUUGUAUAAAGUUACGGGACAGUUCCCCUGGAGCUCGCUUCGGGAGACGGACCGAGGACUGUCAGCCGAGUACAGCUUUCCCAUCUGGAAGACGAGCCACGCUGUGAAGUGGGAAGGCGUGUGGCGUGAGCUGGGCUGCCUCCCGAGAACAGCCUCAUUUGCUGUCCGGAAAGAAAGUGGACACUCGCUGAAAUCCUCUCUCUCGCACACGAUGGUCAUCGACUCUCGGAACUCUUCCAUCUUACCAAGAAGAGGGGCUCUGCUGAAAGUCAACCAGGAGCUGGCAGGCUACACGGGAGGAGACGUGAGCUUUCUGAAGGAAGACUUUGAGCUGCAGCUGAACAAACAGCUCGCAUUGGAUUCCGUCAUCUCAGCCUCCUUCUGGGGUGGAAUGUUGGUGCCCAUUGGUGAUAAGCCAUCAAGCAUUGCUGAUCGGUUUUACCUGGGCGGCCCAACCAGUGUCCGUGGAUUCAGCAUGCACAGCAUCGGACCCCAGAGUGAAGGAGACUACCUGGGAGGGGAAGCAUACUGGGCCAGCGGCCUGCACCUCUACACCCCACUGCCCUUCCGGCCGGGCCAGGGAGGCUUUGGAGAACUUUUCAGAACCCAUUUCUUUCUCAACGCCGGGAACCUGUGCAACCUCAACUAUGGGGAGGGCCCCAAGGCCCACAUCCGCAGACUGGCUGAGUGCAUCCGCUGGUCGUAUGGCGCUGGGAUCGUCCUCAGGCUCGGCAACAUCGCCCGCCUGGAGCUGAACUACUGCAUCCCCAUGGGCGUCCAGAGGGGCGACAGGAUAUGUGAUGGCGUCCAGUUUGGGGCUGGGAUCCGCUUCCUGUAGCAGCAGCCC